AUGUCUCAUGUUCGGCCUCCACAUCGUGCACCUGUCCCGAUGAGACCACCUACCAUAAAUCAUCUAGUUCUUCCGCGUACUCCACCUCCACGCGCCAGUAUUCCCCAACACCCCGCACCACCGCCACCACCACCACCGCCGCCGAUGCUGCACCCUUCUCCUUCUGUGCCUUCUAGCGGACGAAAUCGCCUUCCACAUUUCCUUCCCGUUCUUCAACCACCCCUCUUUCCAAAAGAAUUUGGUUUCUACGAAGAAGAACAGUAUCUCGAUGGUUAUGAAACCUAUGAAACCAUUAGUCCACUCAUGGAUCAACAUCGAUUAAAGACACAACAACUUGACCAGACUACUCGAACAUUUUCAUCGCUACUUGGCCAUACAAGACGUCAUUCGCCGAGAUUUGCACGAUACCUUCGUUCUGUUUAUUAUGAACAUUAA